CCUUGCAAGUAUCGCGAGAUUCACACAGACGCGUCGGUGUGCGGGAGCGUUUGUCCGCCUGACAAACUGGACGAUACUGAUAUGAAAUCUGCGUCAAGCCUUUGAAUUUCUGGAGGCAUGUCCAAGAAAAGGGGCAGAAAGCGAAGCAGCGGGGAACUGAGUGACACAGUGAGCCCCGACCCCAAUAGCAUUCUGGGAGUGCGUAUACAACACAACUGGCGUGAGAAGGGGAACCAGAGCAAAUGGAAGGGAACAGUGCUUGACAGGCUUAGUGUAAAUCCCUCCCUCUUCAUGGUGAAGUAUGACGGCUUUGACUGCGUCUACGGCAUUGAGCUGUUCAAGGAUGAGAGAGUGUCCAACUUGCAAGUCCUUACAGAAAAAGUUGUAAACAAUAAAAUCAAGAUACCGCCAGGGGCGGAGGAGCUGGUGGGCAAAGCUGUUGAGCAUCUUUUCGAGAAGGAAGAUGGAGAGAAGAACGAGUGGAGAGGCAUGGUCCUCUCCAGAGCUCCAAUCAUGACCAACUGGUAUUACAUCACGUACGAGAAGGACCCCGUUCUUUACAUGUACCAGCUGUGGGAUGACUACGCAGACGGAGACCUCAGGAUUCUGCCUGAAGCAGAUAAGAUCAGGAGCAACCGCGGUGUGAUGUAA